AUGCCAACCAAAAACAAAAUCUCUCCUGAAGAGGAGCACACGCCGCUCCUCCCUUCCGUCCCAGUGGCGACCCGCCCUCCCCGGUUGACUCCCUCGAAUGCCAUAAUCCGGCGCUUCUGCACCACAGCCCUCGCCUCAAUCCUCACCUGGUUCUUCCUUGCCUUCCUGAUUGACCUCAUCAUCUUCCACGACCACUCGGAUCUCUUCCCCUAUCCCCCGCACGACAAACAGCCCCCUCCCUGCCCCUGGCCCUCGACUGGUUGCGGUAGCAGGAGGGGUUUGGGGUUAAAAGAGUUGGAGAAGAUUUUAAUUGAGACGCCUUCCGGCACAAAAGCAGAAGAAUGGAGCCGGUAUUACACCUCUGGCGUACACGUCGCGGGGAGGAAUUACUCUCAGGCGGAGUGGACUGGGCAGAAGUGGGAGGAGUGGGGGGUUGUGUCAGAGAUUAUUCCCUACGAAGUCUAUCUCAAUUACCCCGUGGAACAUCGACUUGCUCUGCUCAACCGCAAGGAUGACCACGACGACGACGACGACGGGGAGAAGGAGCAGGCUAAGAAAGGGGAGGAGGGUAGCUGGAAGGUAGCCUAUGAGGCUUCCUUAGAGGAAGACAUCCUUACCUCCGACCCAACAACCAACCUCUCUUCUCGCGUGCCAACCUUCCACGGGUACUCUGCCUCGGGCAACGUCACGGCUCCCGUAGUGUACGUGAAUUAUGGGAGUUAUCAGGACUUUGAGGACCUCCAGCGCGCAAAUAUCUCGUUGGAAGGCAAGAUCGCGAUUGCGCGGUACGGGGGUAUCUUCAGGGGGUUAAAGGUCAAGCGGGCCCAGGAGCUGGGUAUGGUGGGCGUGUUGUUGUAUAGUGACCCCGGGGAUGAUGGGAAUAUGACUGAGGUGAAUGGGCAUGAGGCUUAUCCGGAGGGACCGGCACGGCAGCCGAGUAGUGUGCAGAGGGGGAGCGUACAGUUUUUGAGUUUUGCGGCGGGAGAUCCAACAACCCCCGGCUAUCCCUCCAAACCUGGUGUCCCCCGCCAACCAGUCCACACCGCAAUCCCCUCCAUCCCCUCCAUCCCUAUCUCCUACCAGGACGCUCUUCCGAUCCUCAAAGCGCUGAACGGCCACGGCCCCAAGGCCGAUACUUUCAACAAGUAUUGGACCCGCAACCUCGGUCUCAAGCACAAGGGCGUGGAGUAUAACGUCGGCCCGACGCCAGAUGAUGUGGUCGUGAACUUGUAUAACAAGCAGGAGUAUGUCACGACACCAAUUUGGAACGUCAUUGGAAUAGUGAAUGGGACGUUAUUGGACGAGAUUAUUGUGGUCGGGAAUCAUCGCGAUGCGUGGGUUGCUGGAGGAGCAGGCGACCCAAACAGCGGCUCGGCAGUGCUGAAUGAGGUUGUAAGAGCCUUUGGGGAGGCACUGAAGGCCGGAUGGAAGCCGUUGAGGACAAUUGUCUUUGCCAGCUGGGAUGGUGAGGAGUAUGGGCUGGUUGGGUCGACUGAAUGGGUGGAAGAGUACUUGCCUUGGUUGACGCAUGCCAGUGUGGCAUAUAUCAACAUCGACACCGCCGUAACGGGCACACACCUCAAGCCCUCCGCGGCCCCUCUCCUAUUCUCCCUGUUGCACAACGUCACCCAUCUGAUCCCCUCUCCAGCUCAUGAUGGUAACCAAACCAUCAACAGCAUCUGGGACAAGAAAAUCCGCACCAUGGGCUCCGGCUCCGACUUUGUGGCCUUCCAAGACCACGCAGGCAUCCCCUCGCUGCACAUCGGCUUCGACCCAGCCGAGAACGACCCCGUUUACCACUACCACAGCAACUACGACAGCUUCCACUGGAUGAAGACAUUCGGCGAUCCGGAGUGGAAAUACCACCGCGCGAUGGCGCAGUUGGUGGGCGUCGUGACGGGGCAUUUGGCCAGUAAGGGGGUGAUACCGUUCAAAGCCGAAGACUACGCCUCAGCUUUAAAAGACUACGUUAAGAAAGUCGAGGUCCGACUGGAGGAGGUCCUCUCCCCCUCCAACGUCACCCUCCUCUCCGAGACGGACCUCCUCGACAACGAGAUUUACUUCCCCCUGCGCGCCUCCCUUUCCCCCUCCCCCAACUCCUCCUUCGAAAAUGACCCCUCCAUCCAAAAAUUAAAACACUCCCUCCGCUCGCUGCGCCACUCUUUAGCCCACUUCACCCACACCGCAGAGUCCCUCGAUCACCAAGCCGCCCACCUCUCCUCUCUCUUAGAAUACCCCCCUCCGUGGUGGAACUUCCCCGCCCGCCUGCGCUUCCACCACACCCUCAAGUCCCUCCACAAAAUAAACCGCAAAUACAAACUCCUCGAACGCAGUUUCCUGUACCGCCCAGGACUAGACGGAAGGAGGUGGUUCAAGCACGUCGUUUUCGCGCCUGGCUUAUGGACGGGCUAUGCAGGGGAAGUGUUCCCGAGUCUGAUGGAGAGUAUUCAGCGGGGGGACUGGGAGAAUGCAAGGCGGUGGGUUGGCAUUGUGGAGGGACGGGUGAAGAAGGCUACUAAGAGGUUGAGGAAGUAA